CAAGUUUUUGGUCUUUGUCAGUGGAAGCUUGGAUAAGCCUCCAGAAGUCUCCCAAAAGCCUCAUUUGGUUUUCCUAUGCCUUCCUCUUCCACCUCCAUCCUUUUCUUCCUCCUUUCUCCAACCAAGGUUAAGGUGUUUUUGUUAGGAAUUAGAAGGAAAUUGGAUUGUUUACGAGACUGUUCAUGAUUACUGUUCAAAAUACUGUUCAUGAUUACUGUUCAAAAAUACUGUUCAUGAUUACUAUUCACAAUUACUGUUCACGCAUUAUGCUUUGAUCUCUUUCAAUAGGAAGUCCUAAUAUUAUUUUGGACAUAUUAUGAAUUUGUUUGACAUGUGUAUGUGUUUGUGGCUAUGGAGUAAGUGGACCUAAGCUUAAAGCUUGGGGUAUUCAGUGGACCCUUCGGGGUAUUUAGUGGACCUCUGCGCAGUAGGGUUAGUACUGUGAUUAGCUCCGGUACAGUGUUGUUAGCACACCUUAGUGGACUCCAUAGCAUUGUGUGAUUUUCGAUUUUAUGCAUUGCGCUUGUGACAUCGUAUUUGUGAGCAUAUGAUUUUAAUAUUAUGUGAUUUGAUUCCGUUGUGUUUUAUGCUUUUUGUGUGGAUAUGUCUAAAGGUCUUAGGACCCAAGUUUAUAGCUUAAACUUAUUACUUGCUAGGAUGUGAGCUCAUAAAAUCCCCCCCCCGUUUCAGAUCGGUAGAUCGAGGUAGCAGCAUCUCGGUUUAGGAGCUUUUGGCACGGGACUCGCAUGCUCGUUGUAUGUGCAAGCUAGGGCCUCGUGUUUUCGAUAAGGAGGCAGAUCGAUGUGUUACCAAAACCAUGACUCAGCUUUUGUUUUUUGAAAAGCUUUGAAGAAGAAUUUGCCUCGUAUAAUUUUUGUGUAAAUUAGCUUUCUGAAAAAAAAACCUUUAAAUUAAUUAUAAAUGAGUUU